GCAGCGAGCAGCAAGAGGAAGCGAGUGGGGUGGGUUGUUUGCACAGCAAUCAGCUGCUAAAAUGGCCAUCAAAGUAAUGGACCUGAUCUACUGGCGGGAUGUGGGGAAGACAGGGCUGGUGGUCACAGGGUUGGUGAUAGGCCUGGCUAGCCUGUUCCAGCUCAGUUGCGUCACCAUGCUGUCCUACCUGUGUAUCUCCAUCAUGUGUCUCACCUUCCCCCUACGCCUCUACUACAAACUCCUAGAGCUGAUACGGAAGAUCCCUGAAGGAGUGCACCCCUUUCAGUCUUAUAUAGGAGACGACAGCUCUCUGACAGAUGAGGAGACCGUGUUGGUGGUGGAGGAGGUCGUGCUAAUGAUGGCCUUCGCCAUCACAGAGAUCAAACGCCUGCUCUUCAUCGACAGCAUCAUGGACUCCAUCAAGUUUGUGGUGCUGCUGUACGUGUUGACCUAUAUGGGCAUCACGACCAAUGGUCUGACCCUGGUGAUAGUUGGUGUCAUCUGUGUUUUCUCUCUUCCUCUGUUCUACAAACAAAUGCAGGGGCGAAUGAAAAGGAUUAGCAAAGCGGUCAGAGGCCACCUGAGGAAAAUCAAAAACUUGUUUAAGAUGUUGUACAGUAAACUGAGACCCUCUCCUGCGACUACAUCUGCCACAACCCCCACUCCCACCCCGGCCCCAAAACACAAACUCAAGUCAAAGUGAUGUGACAGAGAGAGGGGGGGGUCUAUGGGAAAAGAGGGGGGUCACUCAUACUUCUUUUCUUAU